AUGCCUCCCGCCACGGCGACCAAUCCGGCCAUGAGGGCCCGGGAUGAUCUGGACUCGACGUGGACAUAUCUCGAGAAGAACGUCAACAACGUCAUGACCAAAUUGCAGGAAGGUCUGGACAUGAAGACUUACAUGGGCGUUUACACAGCAGUUCACAAUUUCUGUACCUCGCAGAAAGCCGCAACCAGCCAGCAAGGUGCCUCACAAGUGUCUCUGAGCCAGAGUCACCGUGGCGCUCAUCUGUUGGGCGAAGAACUGUACCAGCUGCUCGGUCAGUACCUCACAGAACACCUCAAAGGCGUCUUGGUCGCAUCCGAGUCGCACUCAGACGAAGCCCUGCUCACCUUCUACAUCCGCGAGUGGAAGCGAUACACCGAUGCGGCAAAGUACAACAACCAUCUCUUCCGAUAUCUGAAUCGGCAUUGGGUCAAACGAGAGAUCGACGAAGGCAAGAAGAACGUUUACGAUGUCUACACACUCCAUCUAGUCAAGUGGAAGGAUGAUUUCUUCAAGGCUGUUGAGUCCAAAGUCAUGGACGCUGUUCUGCGGCUUGUGGAGAAGCAGCGCAACGGCGAGACCAUCGACCAGAUGCAGAUCAAGGCGAUCGUCGACUCCUUCGUCUCGCUCGGCUUGGACGAGCUCGAUAGCACCAAGUCGACUCUCGAUGUCUACCGCAUGUAUUUCGAACGUCCCUUCAUUGCCGCCACAAAAGAGUACUACACCAACGAGUCCAGACGGUUCGUAGCAGAGAACAGUGUUGUCGAAUACAUGAAGAAGGCGGAAGCACGGCUCGAGGAAGAGAAGGAACGUGUUGGUCUGUUCCUGCAUCCGGACAUUAUGAAGAAACUCAUGGAAACCUGCAACGAAGCCCUGAUUAGCGCUCAUUCGGUCUUGCUGCGAGACGAGUUCCAGCUGCUGCUCGACAACGAACGAACUGAAGAUCUCGCCCGGAUGUACAAACUCCUGUCGCGCAUCAAAGAUGGCUUGGAGCCUCUCAGAACCCGCUUCGAAGCACAUGUCCGGAAAGCCGGACUUGCAGCGGUCGAGAAGGUCGCGGCGCAGGGUGAUAACUUCGAGCCCAAGAUCUAUGUCGACGCUUUGCUUGAGAUCCACAGCAAAUAUCAGCAACUCGUCAACGUUGCCUUCAAUGGAGAGUCCGAAUUCGUGCGGUCGCUCGACAACGCUUGCCAGGAGUUCGUCAACCACAACCAAGUUUGCAAAACCAAUUCUACCCGAUCACCGGAAUUACUCGCCAAGUACGCCGAUCAACUUCUCAAGAAGGGAGCCAAGGCCGCAGACGAGUCUGAGCUCGAAGAACUGCUUGUCCAGAUCAUGGUUGUCUUCAAGUACAUUGAGGACAAGGAUGUGUUCCAGAAAUUCUACUCACGAAUGUUGGCCAAGCGCCUUGUCCACACUAGCUCAGUGUCCGAUGACGCGGAAACGAGCAUGAUUAGCAAAUUGAAAGAGGCGUGCGGUUACGAAUACACCAACAAGCUUCAGCGCAUGUUCCAAGACGUCCAGAUCUCCAAGGAUCUCAAUAUUGCUUACAAAGAUUUCAACGACAAGCUUGUGGAGGAUAACCCUGACAGAAAGAUUGUGGAUUCCACAUUCCAGAUUCUCGGCACAGGAUUUUGGCCACUGAACGCACCGAACACACCAUUCGCCCCUCCUGCCGAGAUCAGCAAAGCUGUCGACUCGUUUUCCAAAUUCUAUGAUGGCAAGCACAACGGCCGCAAGUUGACAUGGCUCUGGAACUUGUGCAAAGGGGAGAUCCGUGCCAACUACAUCAAGAGCCAAAAGGUUCCCUACACUUUUCAGGUGUCAACCUAUCAGAUGGCCAUCUUGCUACUGUUCAAUGACGCCGACAAGAUGGAUUACACUGACAUCAAGGAAAUCACCAAGCUGACCGAGGAGACUAUCGAACCUGCCAUCAACAUUCUGUGCAAGGCUCGUGUCUUGAAUGCAACACCGGAAGACGGCAAAGCGGAGCCUGGUACCAGCUACUCCUUGAACUACAACUUCAAGAACAAGAAGGUCAAGAUCAACCUGAAUAUUAUUCCUAAGACAGAGCAAAAGGCCGUUAUUGUCCGGAUCAUGAAGGGCCGCAAGAAGCUCAAGCACGUCCACCUUGUCGAAGAAGUCAUCAACCAAGUCCGAAAUCGUUUCCCGCCUAAGAUCUCUGACAUCAAGAAGAACAUCGAUGCCCUGAUGGAGAAAGACUACAUUGAGCGACUUGAUAACGACGAGCUGGCUUACAUUGCUUGA